AUGGAGGUCAACCUGGUACGGCGGUGGCUAGCGGAGAAGACCAACCCGAGCCUGCUAACCACGCCGGGACGGCAAGAUCCCGGCAGGAUAAACAGGUGUGCUCGUGCUGGCCGCUCGUGUUGGCAAGCGAUGUGGCAGGCAGGGAAGACCGACAGCUCCAACGUCCAGCAGCUGUUGGUGGGUCAAGAAGAGGUUCCUCCUGAGCAGCAGGAGUGGAGCUCCAGUCUGGACCAGGAGGACCCAGAGCCCCCACAUAAAGAGGAAAAGGAGGAACUCUGGACCAGUCAGGAGGGAGAGCAGCUUCAAGGGCUGGAGGAGGCUGAUGUAAAAUUCUCAUUCACUCCUGUGAAGAGUGAAGAUGAUGAAGAGGAAGCUCAGUCCUCACAGCUUCAUCAAAGACAAACUGAACAGAUGGAAACAGAUGCUGAUGGAGAGGACUGUGGAGGACCAGAACCAGACAGGAACUCGGAACCAGAUAUAUAUCCAGAACCAGAUACUGAUGAGAAGACUGGAGACUCUUCUGACACUGAUGACAGUGGUGAUUGGAAGGAGACCAGAGAACCUCAGUCAGGUUUAAACUCUUUGAAACCUGAUGAAAUCCAUGUCAGUGAUUCAAGAUGUAGUGCUGAAGAGAAUCCUUUCAGCUGCUCAGUCUGUAAGGAAUCUUUUAACCAGCAAUUAAAUUUAAAGAAACACAUGAGAAUCCACACAGGAGAGAACCCUUUCCGCUGCUCUGUCUGUAAUAAAUCUUUUAACCAUCGUUCACAUUUACAGACACACAUUAGAAUCCACACAGGAGAGAAACCUUUCAGCUGCUCAGUUUGUAAGAAAUCUUUUAACGAUUGUUCACAUUUAAGGAGACACAUGAGAAACCACACAGGAGAGAAACCUUUCAGCUGCUCAGUUUGUAAGAAGUCUUUUAGAUCGUUCACAUUUAAGGAGACACAUGAGUACCCACACAGGAGAGAGACCUUUCAGCUGCUCAGUGUGUGAUGAAAGAUUUCGGCACAAGUCGGCUCUGAAGUUACACAUAAUUACUCAUACAAGAGACAACCGGCUUUAGUGGUUCUGUUUGUAUACAAAAGGUAAAUCUGACACACCACAUGGCACAUAACGCAGGGGAAGAAAUAUGGUGCUUUUUUCCUAUAUUUAUUCAAAAGCACGUUGUUUUAAUUUGAGAGCAUUGCUUAUUGAUUCCACGUUCAGAUUUUGAAUUGUUUGCCUCAAAACCCUGUCCUCACACACAAUUAGCCCCCGCUUGCGAUCAGUAACACAAUUAACCUUGAUUGCUCUGAGAGAUCCAUGCUUUGUUUAAGGUGACGCCUCCUCAAAUUGGCAGGGAGCUUAGUACGGUCUUUAGUUUGAUCCAGUAGACUAAUUGAGUUUUUAUUUUCUAGUUAGUGUUGGUUUUCUAGAGGGUUCUGGGGCAUGCUCACCUGGAAGAAAAUGUUGUACAUUUUAAAGUUAAAUGCAUCAAUCUGGUGCAUUUUGAGACUAAAAUCAAGAGGCUAGUUCUAUGAAGAACUUUGUGCUCUUGUAAACAAUUUUGUGAUCUUUUAGCGGUGGUGGAAUGUAACUAAGUAUAUUAACUUAAGUAUUGUACUUGGAUUGAACCUUGGAUUCAAUUAUCUGUUUUGUUGUUGUCAAAUGUUGCCAAUAUUUACAGCUGAUAAUGCCGUUCCAAGCUUAACAUUGUUAGCUCUGUCAGCACUGUUGUGUGAACUGUUGCACCCUUGUUGCCAUAUUGAGAGCCGUGCGGAGGCGAUCCUUCAAUCAUACAUUUGUUCUGAGUUUGUAAUUCAGCAGCUUUAAACGUGUUUUUUAUAGUGUGGUUUUGUACUUAAUUAGGGCCCGAGCAACCGACAACGUCGGGCCAGUGAAGGCCCUAUUGAAACUGUAAGGGGUAUUCUUUUUUGUGAUUCUUAUUUUUCCACUUUGGGAGUAUUUCGGGGGGACUUGCCAUGCAUGAAAACUCACCAAAUUUUGGGGACUUGUCAGGUCUGGGUGAACUUAGAGUCUGAUAUAAUUUUAACUUUGUGUGUAAAAAAAAAAUGGCUCUCUAGCGCCCCCUACAAAUCGGACCGGCAACGCCCCUCGGCCAGUAUGU